CACCAGGCUAAAGAGAUGCCCUAAAGCGCCCAGCCUCUGACCGCAGACACCGCUGACCAUCCAUCAUGUUCCGCUUCAUAAUUGUGUCACUUGUAUUAACUGCAGUAAACGCCAGCUGCAAAAGGAAGAGCAACGAAUGCCCUUUGGACGUCUUCAUUGUUCUGGACACGUCAGAGAGUGUGGCACUCCGAGAAAAACCGUAUGGCUUCUUUGUUGAAAAGAUCAAGAGGUUUGCACUUGACCUAGUGGAGCAGAUGAGCAGCAGGUACUACCGGUGUGACCGACGGCUGACUUGGAACACCGGCCUCCUCCACUACAGCGAUGAGGUGAUUGUCAUGAGUGAGCUCACCGGUGUGGAACACAACAAGUCACACAUGAGUCGCGUCAUUAACAGCGUGGCAUACAUCGGCAAAGGCACCUACACCGACUGUGCGAUUGCAACGGCGGCAGAGCAGCUGACAAUGGGAAGCAUUCCCUUCGAUGGAAACAAGUACAUGGUGGUUGUGACAGACGGGUAUCCUAUCGAUGGCUACAAAGAGCCCUGCGGAGGAGUCAGCCACGCUGUAGCCGAAGCCAAGGGACUGGACAUUAAAAUAUUUGCAGUGGCCAUCACUCCAGAUCACCUGGAGGAGAGAAUGGGCGUCAUAGCCACAGACGCUCGCUACAGGUACAAUCUGUCAGCAACGAGCGAAGACCAGGCGGUCAUGAGGGCCACCAUCAGCAGCAUCCUUUCCACCAUUUAUAAAGACAGUGAGUCAUCGUGCUGCUCCGUCGAGUGUAAGGCUGAGUCUGGAAUUAUGGGACAAACCGGAGAACCUGGUGGCCCGGGAACUCCAGGAAGAGGAGGACCUGCAGGACACCCGGGUGGCAUCGGUCCAAUGGGAAAGAAAGGUGAUCACGGCCCACCUGGACAUCGAGGAGAAAAGGGUAACAAAGGGUCUCCUGGCAUCCGGGGUUCAAGGGGAGCACCUGGACAAAAGGGAGAUAAAGGAGUCGCUGGGAUUGACGGCAGACCUGGAGCCAUGGGUGAACUAGGAGUGCGGGGCUUACCAGGCUGUAAAGGAGAUGAAGGACCAGACGGAGAUCCUGGCACUGCGGGUCAAAAAGGAGACCAAGGCUCAUUUGGACUGAAAGGACAGAAGGGCGAUGGAGGUCCGCCUGGCUCUGCAGGAUGGCCUGGUGUAUCAGGAUCAGCUGGACCCAAGGGAGAUCCUGGGCUGAGAGGCGUCAAAGGAGCCCCCGGUGAUCGCGGAGAUGAUGGCGACUUGGGACCUGCGGGACCUGCUGGGGCAAAGGGCGAAAAAGGAGAGCCAGGACUGCAGGGGCGACCCGGACCUCGAGGGUCACAAGGCGACAAGGGGACUGCUGGUCCUCCAGGGGCCCAAGGACAUGAAGGGCUCACUGGCGAUCCGGGAUCUCCGGGUUCGGGAGGGACCAGCGGGUUAAAAGGAUAUAAAGGAGAGCCUGGAGUCCCGGGGCCUCAGGGAGUUAAAGGCUUAAACGGAGCCCUCGGACCACCAGGAGAGGUGGGGCCAACUGGAGAAAGGGGGGAUGAGGGGUCACUUGGCCAAGGAGUAACCGGCUAUCCUGGAUUUCAGGGAUUCCCCGGACCCCGAGGCCAAGUUGGACUAAAGGGUACUAAAGGUUUCACUGGACUGAAGGGUGAGCCAGGACCACCUGGAGACAGAGGAGAAGAUAAUUACCUUCCCGGAAAAGAAGGCCCAGCAGGACCAAAGGGAUACCCAGGACAUCAAGGUGAAAAUGGGUUAACAGGAAUGACCGGACCUUCAGGGCCAAAUGAAUGUGAAAUGCUGGAAAUCAUCAAGAAUCUCUGCUCCUGCUGCGAGUGUGACUGCGGCCCGGUGGACCUGCUGUUUGUGCUGGACAGCUCCGAGAGCAUCGGCCUGCAGAACUUCACCUUGGAGAAGGAGUUUGUCAUCCGGGUCAUCAGUAAGAUCACGCAGAACGGGAAGAGCAAGAUUUCACAAAAGUCCACUUUUCAAGUGAUCCAGUACAGCCAUCACGGCACUCGGCAACUCGUUGACCUGAGCGGCCCCCGGAAAUCUGUGGCCGAAUUGAAAAGAGCCAUCAAGAACAUGCCUUGGAUUGCCGGAGGGACCUUCACCGGUGAAGCCCUGGAUUUCGCAGCCCAAUCCUUUGCCAAAUCGUCCUCAUCGAACAAAGUGGCUGUAAUCCUCACUGACGGCAGGUCCGACUCUAGAGACCCAAAACCAAUCUCAGCCCUCUGCAAGGUGUCCGGCAUGAGAGUGUUUGCCAUUGGAGUAGAGGACAUAUUUAGAAAAACGUCAGAUCAUCGUGCACUCCAGGAAAUCAGCUGCAAAAACACUGCAAGUCCCGGGAGGUACCUGAACGUCGCCGACUACGCCGAACUUCUGGAGGAAGCCUUACUACAGAAUGUCACGAGGUUUAUCUGUCAGGAUCUGACGUGCCCAACAUAUUCCUGUCCAGCUCGAUUUAAGGAGCCGACAGACAUCAUAAUGGUGAUGGAUGGGUCAGCCAGUGUGGGAAAGAAGAACUUUGAAAUGACAAGACACUUCGUGGAGAAGGUAGCAGAAAAAGUUCUUCCCGAGUACUCCGGCCAGGGUUGGUUCCUCAGACUAUCUGUUGUCCAGUUCAGUGGCACACAACAGCAAAAGGUGGAAGUGCCGUUCACCAGCCAGCUCACCGACGUGCACCGUGGGGUAAAGGCAAUGGGGUAUCUUGACCAAGCCACCGAUCUCCCUGCUGCCUUGACUUUCCUGCAGGAACUGAUGAGAAGGGAGGGUCGGCCCAAUGCGAGGAAGAAGGUGGUGUUCUUCUCGGAUGGCCGGUCUGCUUCUGCAGUCCAAGCUCAGAUCCCUGAGAGAGCAGCCGCUGCCUUAAAGGAGAACCUUGAACUGUUUGCCGUGACCUUUGGCAGCGAUUUUGAAGAAAGGGGCAUCAGCCAGCUGGUUACGGGACAAGCCGGUAACUUCAACUACACGAAAGUCGAGGAACGGGUGUUUCGAGUUUUGCAGUACCCUGAUUUGACUAAAGCUGUAGUGAUGGAGAACUUCAUUAAAAGGCUGGCAGAGGCCUAACGUGUACCCACCUCUGUCCUGCCAGUCCUUCACUGUCACAGCCUUCUGUUUCGUGAGCUGUGGGAUGGAAAAAAAGAAAUGAUUCCAAAUUUCUUCUAUAGUUCCCUUCUCCGUGUACACCAAUAUGAAGUACUUUACACAGGUGUACAGUUCAAGUUAAUAAGAUAAAUUAGGGGAUUGAUCAAUACUAGAUUGAUAUGAAAGGCGCUAUAUAAUAGCUAAAUAGACAGGUAGAACCUAGAGUAACACUUUACCAGAAGCUUGAGAAAAACAGAAAUAUGAUAACAAACCAAAACUCAAUAAACGCACCCGAGAACGCCUGGCUUGGACAAUAAGAGAGCUGCUGCCGUCUCCUACUAGGCCUGUAGGUGGCAGUAAGAUGGGCUCAGCCCUGCCCACUUGUGACAUUUGGACAGGGCAGAGCCACCUGGUUACGUCCACAAACAGAACUCGCUCACAGACGUUGGUUCCUGCUAACGUUCCCCUGGUUGGAGUCCCCCACACUCAUCACUGAGUGAAUCAUUUCUGUUGUGGAGUUGAUAAACGCGUCACCAGUGCGAUGUCACUUAUCUCCCGUGGCAGCAACGUGGAUCAGUUCGUCAGUAUUUCAGUGCCUGGAUGACAUAUUUUAGUUGUAAUUAUCAAAAAGUAAAGGCGAUUUGAAAAUUUACGCGGCCACCUCAAUACAUAGGAACUGACACAAUACAACACCUUUGCAAUGCCUUAUGGGUAGU